AUGAGGACUUGCCUGUAUGCAGUGCUUUGUACCUUGGUGUCAGGUCUUCCUCAGCCUGACAAAGUUGAGCAGACACCAGCCUAUGCAUCAGCUCUAAAAGGUGGUCAUGUACAUUUUAACUGUGGAUUUGUAACAACGUCUAGCAAUCCAGAUCUCUUUUGGUAUGUUCAACGCCCUGGUGAAAGCCCGCUGUUUAUUACACAGAGAAAUCUGUUUGGCAAGGAAGAUAGAGUACCUGGAACCAAGUAUUCUGCUAAACUGAACAAAGAGAACAAAUCUAUUGAUCUGAGAAUCUCUGGUGUCAGUUUCAAAAAACAGGCAAUGGAUUUUGGAAACCAAAGCACAGUUAAGAUGUUUUUUCUCAGUGGGUUUUCUCAGUCUUUACCUUUACAGGUGUCUUUCUUUGUAUUGUUUUUGGUUUUGUACUUAAUAACAUUAUCUGGGAACACUCUGAUUAUGGCUUCUGUCUACAUGGACUCACGCUUGCAGUCUCCAAUGUAUUUUUUCCUGGGCAACUUGUCAGUUUUGGACAUUUGUUAUUCCACAGUAACAAUUCCUAAAAUGCUAAGCAAUGUCAUUACAAACAGCAAGACUAUUACCUUCAACCAGUGCAUGUCUCAGCUUUUCUUUCUUCAUAUGUUUGGUGGCACAGAGUGCUUCUUACUGACUCUUAUGGCCUACGAUCGUUAUGUGGCGAUUUGUAAUCCGCUAAGAUAUCACACUAUUAUAAACCACACAUUUUGCUCAGGGAUGGUGGCAUCUACAUGGCUGGCUGGCUUCUUGCAUUCAUUCACUCAAGCAUUUCUGACAUACCAACUACAUUUCUGUGGUCCCAAUACUAUCAACCAUUUCUUUUGUGAUGUGCAUCCGUUAGCUGUGCUGGCCUGUUCGGACACUUCCUUCAUUGAUAUGUUUAUAAUAGCCAACAGUGGGAUGAUAUCUCUUGUCUGUUUUGUGAUAUUGCUCAUGUCCUACAUUGGCAUCAUUAGCACAGUCUUAAAAAUGCAGUCGACAGAAAGGAGAUUCAAAGCUUUUUCUACAUGUGCUUCCCAUCUUAUGGUGGUCACAUUGUUUUUUGGACCAUGUAUUUACAUUUAUUUGAGGCCUCCGAUAAAUUAUUCUGCAGACAAACUCAUUUCUGUGCUCUAUACUGUGCUGACCCCUUUACUAAACCCUAUUAUCUAUACAUUCAGAAACCAUGAAAUGAAGAGUGCACUUAAAAAAAUUCUAUGGGAAACUGUGCUCCAGGGUCCAAGAAAUUAA